UGGGCGGGAGGAGGGGAGAGAAGAGCUCGCUCGCUCCUCCGCUGCCGCCUGACAAUGGGGCUGCACUAAGGCACGCUCGGUGGGGUGGUGGUAGUGGGAGCAGCCGCCGCGGGGAAAGCAGCCACAGCCGCCACCGCCGUCAGCUUCCUGGUGCGACCCACUCCUCCUCCUCCUCCUCCUCCCUCGGCGAUGCCGAACCAGAAAAGCAACAAGGGCAAGAAGAACAAGCGCGCUAACAGCAGCGGGGACGAGCAGGAAAAUGGAGCCCUGGCAGCGGCGGGGGCAGCGGGCGCCGGAGGAGCUCUGGCCGCCGUGGCCGCGGCGGGAGGGAGCGGGCCGGCGGCAGCCGCAGGAGGCACUGGAAGCUCCGGGGGAGCGGCGGCGGCGACAGGCUCGGCUUCGGCCGACGCCAGGAACGAAGCGCCUUGUGCUACUCCACUGAUCUGUAGCUUUGGACGGCCUGUUGACCUAGAAAAAGAUGACUAUCAGAAAGUGGUAUGCAACAAUGAACAUUGUCCCUACAGCACUUGGAUGCACCUUCAGUGUUUUUAUGAGUGGGAAAGCAGCAUUUUGGCCCAGUUCAACUGCAUUGGGAGAGCAAGAAGCUGGAAUGAGAAACAAUGUAGGCAAAACAUGUGGACCAAGAAAGGAUAUGAUCUUGCCUUUCGUUUUUGCUCCUGCCGCUGUGGGCAGGGCCAUUUAAAAAAAGACACUGAUUGGUAUCAAGUAAAACGAAUGCAAGAUGAGAAGAAGAAAAAGUCUGUGUCUGAGAAGAGUACGGGAAGAUCAGCAUCCGAGUCCACAGAAGAUGUUAAAAAGUGCAGGCCCGCAAACAAGUCACAGAAAGGUUUAAAUCAUGAGAUCCAGCGGCGGCAUUCUAUGGACAGACAGAACUCUCAAGAGAAAAGCGCCUCUGGUGGUAGUUAUGCAGUCCGUUCUCCCUGUGGUUCUCCUGGUCAGUCUCCUCCAGCUGGCUACUCUGUUCUUGCCCCCACACAUUUCAGUGGGCCCCGUUCUUCUCGAUAUUUAGGAGAAUUUUUGAAGAAUGCUAUUCACCUAGAACCCCACAGGAAGAACAUAGCCAACAGUGGCAUGUUUAGAAAUGCUCACUUUGAUUAUGGGACAUCUGGUCUACAAGCACAUAGGUCGGGACAUUUUGAUGCCCCUGUACAGUUUUUGAGGAGGCUUGAUCUCUCUGAACUUCUUGCUCAUAUACCACGGCAUAAACUGAACACUUUUCAUGUUCGGAUGGAAGAUGAUGCCCAAGUGGGUCAAGGAGAAGAUCUGCGGAAAUUCAUUCUUGCAGCACUCAGUGCCAGUCACCGAAAUGUUGUCAACUGUGCAUUAUGUCACAGGGCACUGCCAGUAUUUGAACAGUUUCCAUUGGUGGAUGGAACCCUGUUUCUCAGCCCAUCACGACAUGAUGAAAUUGAAUAUGAUGUUCCCUGUCACCUUCAAGGAAGGCUUAUGCAUCUCUACGCAGUUUGUGUAGACUGUUUAGAAGGGGUUCACAAAAUUAUCUGCAUAAAGUGCAAGUCUCGGUGGGAUGGAAGCUGGCAUCAACUAGGCACCAUGUACACUUAUGAUAUAUUAGCCGCCUCUCCCUGUUGUCAG